AUGCAGCGGGUUUCGGCCCCGCCGAGGGGCCGAUUCCUCGAUACAUGGCCGCCUCCCGGCGCCGGGAGGCGCCGGGAAAAUCAGCUACGUGAGCUGAUUCUCAAACCCCCCCCCCCCUUUGCUAUCCCCCCCUUGCGCCCGGCCCGACGGGGGCCGCCACGCGCGCGCGAGUUGGUGUUGUGCAGCACGUACUCUGAACCUCUCACCACAGGUUCUGGCACGCCUUUAGCCCAAUGGGCCAGCGGAUUGCAUGCGAAGGUCAUCGCCAAGGAUCGCAAAGGCAUCUGGAGCCUCGUGGCGGAGAUGCGGGGAGCUGGGGUCAAGGCGAACUCGGUGACCUGCUCCAUCUUGCUGAAGUCCCUGACAGAGUAUUCCAGCGAGGCAGAGGUCAAGCGGGUUACCGACCUGAUCGAGGAGAUCGAGGAGAGCAUCGACGAGGUCCUGUUCUCCUCGGUCAUCGAGGCCUGCCUGCGCAUCAAGCAGCUCGCUCUUCUGACGAACAUCAUGCGCCGCCACAGGCAAAAGGGCGGCUUCGUGAACCUGACGGCCCCCACCUACGGUUCGAUGAUCAAGGCGUACGGGCAGGCGGGCGACGUGGCGCGGGUGCGCGAGCUGUGGCAGGAGAUGGAGGAAAGGGGCGUGAAGCCGACGUCGAUCACGCUCGGCUGCAUGACAGAGGCGCUGGUGGUGAACGGCGAGGCGGAGGAAGCUUUUCAGUUGCUGCACCAGCAGCUCGACACGGAGGAGCGGAAAGCCAGCAUCAACACCGUUAUCUAUUCUACAGUCUUGAAGGGUUUCGCAGUCGCCAAGAACAUCAAUAAGGUCUUCGCCGUGUACAAGGAGAUGAGGCAGAGCGGGUACGCUUGCAAUACCAUCACCUACAACACCAUGCUCGACGCGUGCGCCAAGUGUUGUGCCAUGUCGAGGGCCCCCAGCCUGCUGGAAGACAUGAAGGGUUCAUGCGUGGAGCCAGAUAUCAUCACCUAUUCGACCAUCGUCAAGGGCUACUGCCUGGAGGGGGAUGUCGAUCGUGCCUUCCAUGUCCUGGAGGACAUGAAGAGCGACGGCAAGUUCGCUGCGGACGAAAUCAUGUACAAUUCCAUCCUCGACGGCUGCGCGAAGCAGCACCGCGUCGACGACGCGCUCCGAAUCCUGGAGGAGAUGAAGACCGCUGGCGUGGGCCCCUCGAACUACACGCUCAGCAUCCUGGUGAAGCUGCUCGGGCAUGCGCGCCGCCUGCCUCAGGCGUUCCGGCUAGUGGAGGACCUGAGCAAGCAGCACGGCUUCCGGCCCAACGUCCAGGUCUACACCUGCCUUGUCCAGGCUUGCGUCCUCAACCGGCGGCUCGAGAAGGCGCUCGCGCUGCACGACGAGAUGGUGGCGGACUCCGGGUGCCGCGUCGACGAGAAGUUCUACGCGGUGCUCGCGCGCGGGUGCCUCCAGAUGCAGCAGCCGAUGAAGGCCGCGGAGGUCGUGAGGGCGGCCUACCGUCUGGAGGGGCACAGCCUGGCGUCGCCCGCGAGGAAGAACGCCCCAACGGUCGGCGUCGAGGCGCGCACGCUCGAGGAAGUGGCCGGCAGGCUGCAGGAGGGCGGCGCCGAGGAGCGCGAGGCCUUCGAGCGGUUGUCGGCGGACCUGUGGGACAAGUGCGGGGUUCAGCUGACCGGCCGCGGCGGCGGCGGCCGCCGCGGCGGCGGCGGCGGCGGUGGCGCCGGGCGCCGCCCAGGCGGAGGCCGUCGGCAGUGAGCGGAGGACGACGGCUGCACGCCGACGCCAGCCCUUCCUGGGCCCGCCGCGGGCCGGGAUCCGGCGCGCACGGCCCUCGGGCCGAGGGCGAGGAGGAAGUUGGCGUUCCGCUGAGCACCGGCGGGCGGCCCCGGCCCCCUAUACAUGCGGCCCCUUCUUCGGGCACUCGCGCGCGGGCACGCGCCAGCACUGAGAACAGCACGGGCGAAGCGAAGUCUUUGCAGCGCAACA